AUGGGUCCGUGGAUCACGUUCACUAGCCCAUACGUUCUGUGGUCAUGUUCAUUGCCAUUGCCCAUUGCCCAUUGGUCAUAUAAAGUAGUCGGUUUGAGGUCUCUUUGUAGGGGUGUCGUUCUCUGGGGUCACCGCCUCAAACACCUUGUAAUGGCGCUCGAGAUCGUCGGUGAUAGUAAGCACCAGAGCGAUGUUUCCGCAUCGAUAACAGUAGUUGGGUGCCAGCCACACCGUCACCAAUCCACCAUCAAACAUCUCCUUGUAGCCCUCCAUGACAAGCUGGUGUGCUCGCGCUAUGAGCGACACGUCGUUGCGGUGAAGAAACUGCUGUACUUCGUUGUUUCCAAAGAGAAACCCAGCACCGCGUGGCAGAAUCGCCCACCCUUGUACGUCCUCUGGGUCCAGCCACAAGAGAUCACACAUUCCCCCUUCGUGGGGCACUUCUUGUUUUCGGUCAAUGACACGGAUUUGGUCCACGGUGUCGAUAUCAGGACUCAAACCGCCGUGAAUACAAAACACCGCCCCGCCCACAAUGGCACCAAGCGCCAAAUAAUCAAACACUUCGCAGCAGUAUCGCCACACAUUUACACUUCCAUACUUGCGCACACACUCGUCGUAGAACCCGUACACGGUGGUGAUUUGUCUGCUUUCAUGAUUGCCUCUUAUCAACGCAAUUCGAUCAGGAUAUCGAACUUUUAA